CUGGAAUUUGAAGAUAGUUUGGGUGAUCUGAUGUCGUUGCAGAAUGUUGGAAAACGACCUGCACUAAGUCCAGCCGAUCAGUUUGCUCAGCAAUUUGACGUUGUGCAACGCUUAGCAGCUGCAGGUAAGAAGAGGUCGUUAUCACCGGCAACGGAUUUCCAGCAACAAGUGCUCCUUCCACAAAUGUUAAGCGAGGUGGGCCGCUGA